AUGACUGUGGCCGAAGUAGCCGACUGGGUGGCCUAUGCAGUGCAACUACCUCAGUAUAGUGACGUGUUUCGAGCCCACUCGAUCUCUGGAUAUACCUUCCCGUUGUUAAUGGCCAAUGACGGAGCGAGAUUGCAGGAACUUGGCGUCCAAAGUGAACUGCAUCGACACCAAUUAGCCAUGUUCUUACAGAUGAAAUACCUGGGUAUGGGUCGAAAACCGGGCGCAGUUGUGUCGAGUGUGUGCGCAGAACGCUCUUCUGUACAGGAUAAAGUGCUACUUCAGAUCGCCUGGGUGCCGGCGGAGAACUCUCCGCAACGCUAUCAAUUGCAACGUCGCAGUCCUGGCGAACCCACGUGGACGUCGGUGUAUACAGGGGCUGACACGGAGUUCUUGGACGUCGUCGAGUCUCAUCAGCAUGUAGUGUAUCGCCUCACAACGUGGAAUUCGUAUGGACGAAGCCCACAUUCGCGGUCCUCACGCUCUAUGUGGGGUCUGCUGAAACUCUACUUCUGGUGGCUAGACGACGCUAUCGUUAUCCUCUUAGUAGUAAUGUUACCGAUUCGAGGAAUCAUCUACGGAGACGCUGACUCACUGCUGCGAUUACUACGUCGAUUACCUCCAAACAUGCCUAGUCGUGUGACGGUAGAAGUGGAGUCUAGCAAGACAAGUGUGGACAGCGCUGCAGCUCGUGUAUCAUGGGAGAAACCUGUGGAUAAUGGCGUCCCUAUUGUAUGCUACACAGUGCGUUGGACACGUACCAAGACGGAAGAAGUCAAGUGGAUCAAGUUGCUUACAUUACCGCUGCCUACGACGGUGAUUGUGGACAAAUUGCAUCACGGAGAGACGUACAAGUUCGUCGUUCAAGCUACAAACCAGUUCGGGUUAGUGACGAGUUCCAGUCGCUCUACUUUUAUGGUACCAGUUCCCGAACUUAAGGGCAAGUUACGACCAAGACAUCUCCCAGCCGAGAAGCGAGGGCUGCGUAAUCAAUGCCACGUAUGCCACGACCCGCGAUACAAGAAAAAGGUGCCGUUUACGGCCACGCUGGACCGCCGUAUCCUGCACUAUUGCUGUCUCUGUGAUCGCGAAUUCUGUCAUUAUCACAAGGGUGAAGUGUACCACACGAAGGCAUUGAGCUGCCCCAUUGUGGACGGUCGAUGCCUCUGCGUCACAUGUAAAGAGAGUCGCUUGCAUCGAACAGUCACGUACUAG